CUAGGGCUGCCCCUGGCCGAGCCCGACCCCGGCCCGGCCUUUCUGUCGCUCUCCUUGGGCUCCUCUUGCCCGCUCUCCUGGCCGGCCCCAUCCUUCCGCCGCGCGCCUCCGCGCCGGCCCGGCAGCCGUUCUGUGGCCCCUUUCGGCUCCGCGCCCACCCCGCCUCCCACUCAGAGUCGCCGGGGUGGAACCCGCGCUGUUUGUGGGGGAACGCUGGCGCUCGGGGUCCUUCAGGUGGAGUGCCCCUGUCCAGUCCAAUGCCCUGACCGCGCGGAUUCUAUCGUCCGUGGGGGAGACCGCGGUGCCACCGUUUGUUGGGGCGUCCUCCCCUGAAGUUCCGAAUCUCCCACUCCGGUCUCGGCUCAGGCUGCCCAGUGCCCUGACCCGUCCACUGUGGAUGAGUGGCCGCCAAGGCCUGGGAGAUGCGUGACUGAUUAACUGUGCUGAUAAGGAAGCAACUUCCUAGGAGCUGCUAAGAUGGGCAUGAGGAUCAAACUGCAAAGCACCAACCACCCUAAUAACCUGCUGAAGGAACUCAACAAGUGUCGGCUCUCAGAGACCAUGUGUGAUGUCACCAUUGUGGUGGGGAGCCGCUCCUUCCCAGCCCACAAGGCCGUACUGGCCUGUGCAGCUGGCUACUUCCAGAACCUCUUCCUGAAUACUGGACUUGAUGCUGCCAGGACCUAUGUGGUGGACUUCAUUACUCCUGCCAACUUUGAGAAGAUUCUGAGCUUUGUCUAUACAUCAGAGCUCUUCACAGACCUGAUUAACGUUGGUGUUAUCUAUGAGGUGGCUGAGCGUCUGGGCAUGGAGGACCUCCUCCAGGCCUGUCAUUCCACCUUUCCUGACCUGGAGAGCACUGCUGUGACAAAGCCUCUGACUAGUACUAGUGACAACCAGUCCGGCACCCUGAGUUGUCCCUCAGCAGAUCCUGCCCAUCCCCUUGGAGAACUCCGGGGUGGUGGGGAGCACUUUGGUCCUGAUAGAAACUAUGUGUUGUCCAGUGAUGUGGGAGGAAGCUAUAAAGAGGAAGAAAGAAAUGUUGCUAGUGAUGCUAAUCAUGGCUUGCCUCUGCCGCAACCAUCAUUGCCACCAAAGACAGAAGACCAUGAUGUCUCUGCUCCUUUCACAUCUGUUUCUAGUAUCGUGACCCAGCCGGUCCUAGGCACUGUUAGCACAGGUAUCCAGACUAACACGAGCUCUUGCCAGCCAUACAAAGUUCAAAGCAAUGGAGAUUUCAGUAAAAACAGCUUCUUCACCCCUGACAAUGCAAUAGACAUUACCACUGGGACCAACUCCUGUAUGAGCAAUAGUGAACACUCCAAAGAUCCAGGCUUUGGGCAGAUGGAUGAGCUCCAGCUAGAGGACCUGGGGGAUGAUGACUUGCAGUUUGAAGACACUGCUGAGGAGAUUGGGACAGCUGAGGAGGUGAUCGAACUGAGUGAUGACAGUGAGGAUGAACUUUUUGGAGAGAAUGACAACCGAGAGAAUAAAGCUAUGCCCUGCCAGGUGUGCAAGAAAGUUCUAGAGCCCAACAUUCAGCUGAUCCGGCAACAUGCUCGGGACCAUGUGGACCUACUGACAGGUAACUGCAAGGUCUGUGAGACUCACUUCCAGGACCGAAACUCUCGGGUGACCCACGUCCUGUCCCACAUUGGUAUUUUCCUCUUCUCUUGUGACAUGUGUGAAACAAAGUUUUUCACCCAGUGGCAGCUAACCCUUCACCGACGGGAUGGAAUAUUUGAGAACAACAUCAUUGUUCAUCCCAAUGAGCCCCUGCCCGGGAAGCUGGGUCUCUUUUCAGGGACAGCCUCACCAGAUUUGAAAUGUGCUGCCUGUGGGAAAGCAUUGGCCAAAGAUUUCCAUGUGGUCCGAGGACAUAUCCUCGACCAUCUGAACUUGAAGGGCCAGGUCUGCAGUGUCUGUGACCAGCGCCACCUCAAUCUUUGCAGCCUCAUGUGGCACACACUCUCCCAUUUGGGCAUUUCGGUCUUCUCCUGCUCUGUCUGUGCCAGCAGCUUUGUGGACUGGCACCUCCUAGAGAAGCACAUGGCCGUGCACCAAAGCCUAGAAGAUGCCCUUUUCCGCUGCCAUUUAUGCAGCCAGAGCUUCAGGUCUGAGGCUGCCUAUCGCUACCAUGUCAGCCAGCACAAGUGCAACAGCAGCCUUGACAUAAGGCCUGGCUUGGGGCUACAGCACUCAGCCCUCCAGAAACGGAAGCUGCCAGCAGAGGAGUUCCUGAGUGAGGAUCUGGCUCUCCAGGGCCAACCUGGGAAUAGCAAGUACAGCUGCAAGGUCUGUGGCAAAAGGUUUGCCCAUACAAGUGAGUUCAACUACCACCGUCGGAUCCACACAGGCGAGAAGCCAUACCAGUGUAAGGUGUGCCACAAGUUCUUCCGAGGCCGUUCAACCAUCAAAUGCCACCUCAAGACACACUCGGGGGCACUCAUGUACCGCUGCACUGUGUGUGGCCACUACAGUUCUACUCUUAACCUCAUGAGCAAACAUGUUGGUGUGCACAAAGGCAGCCUGCCACCUGACUUCACCAUCGAGCAAACCUUCAUGUACAUUAUCCAUUCCAAAGAGGCCGAAAAGACCCCAGAUAGCUGACUGGUCCCAGUAGAGCCAGUGGGGAGCUUCCAGGUGGCAGCCAGGGUAGUGAUUUUCUAAUGGCUGUUGGUCCCUCCUCAGUGGGUGCUACAGUUUUGCCUUGCUAGGAAUUCUGUGUUGUGUUUAAAGGAGAAAAAAAAAAAAAGAAAUAGCACAUAAGCUGUGACUGUUUUUGAGAAGCAAUGGCCCUAUUGCAUUUA